AUGGGAUCUACUAAGAGUAGAGAGAUACCCGCUAACUCGCCUUAUGCGAAAACUGAUUUUCAUGCUAUGCCCAUAGAACAAGUGGAGAAGGUCCUCUCCACGCAUGUUCAUACUGGGUUAAAUGCUACUCAAAUUGCUGAGAGACUCGCGCUCAUAGGUGAAAAUACACUCGGUGAUGAUUCUAAGAUUGAUAUAAAGAGUAUUCUCAUUAGUCAAAUUUGUAAUGCAAUGAUUAUGGUUUUGUUGAUCUCGAUGGUCAUCGCUCUUGCUAUUAAAGAUUGGAUAUCUGGAGGUGUUAUCGCCUUUGUUGUAGGUGUCAAUGUUGUCAUUGGAGCAUAUCAAGAAUAUAAUGCUUCAAAAACAAUGAAUUCUUUAAAAUCUUUAUCUACCCCUUCUGCACAUGUCAUUAGAGAUGGUAAUGAUAUCACCAUUCAAUCAAAAGAGCUUGUUCCAGGUGAUAUUUGCAUCAUUAAGGUUGGUGACACUAUUCCAGCAGAUUUAAGAUUAAUCGACUCUAUUAAUUUGGAGACUGAUGAAGCUUUAUUGACUGGUGAAUCUUUACCUGUCGCUAAAGAACACAGUGAAGUGUAUGAGGUAGACACCCCUGUGGGAGAUCGUUUGAAUCUUGCAUUUGCUUCAUCUACUGUUACUAAAGGUAGAGCUACUGGUAUUGUAAUUAAAACUGCGUUGAACACAGAAAUAGGUAAAAUUGCUAAGUCUUUGAAAUCAGAGAAAUCGCUAGUUUCUAGGGAUGAAUCCAAAUCGUUUACCCAGAACUUAUGUGCAACUUUGAAACAGUCUGCAGGCACUUUUCUUGGAACUAACGUUGGAACACCUUUGCACCGUACACUAUCAAAAUUGGCCCUUUUAUUGUUCGCAAUCGCUGUUGUAUUCGCUAUUGUUGUUAUGGCUACACAAAAAUUCCACGUCAACAAAGAGGUUGCAAUAUACGCCAUUUGUGUUGCUCUUUCUAUGAUUCCUUCUUCCUUGGUUGUCGUGUUGACCAUUACGAUGUCUGCAGGUGCUAAAGUUAUGUCAACAAGAAAUGUUCUUGUUCGUAAAUUAGAUUCCUUGGAAGCUUUAGGUGCUGUCAGUGACAUUUGUUCCGACAAGACAGGUACUUUAACACAAGGUAAGAUGAUUGCGAAACAAAUUUGGAUUCCCCAAUUUGGUACUAUUAGCGUUCAAAACUCAAACGAACCUUUCAAUCCCACAAUAGGAGAUAUUCACCUGAUUCCCCGUUUCUCACCUUACCAAUACAAGCAUGAUGAUCAAGAAGAUGUCGGUAUUAUAACUGAUUUCAAGGAAAGGUACCUCUCAAAUAAUUUAGGCCAAUUGAAUGUCAAAUUGUUUGGCGAAUGGUUAUAUGCGGCCACGCUAGCUAAUAUUGCUAAUGUGUUUGUAGACAGUGAAACUAAAGAAUGGAAAGCACAAGGUGAUCCUACUGAAAUUGCUAUUCAAGUCUUUGCAACCAGAAUGGAUCUUCCAAGACAUGUUCUAACAGGAGAAGAGAUUGAAGAUAAUGAGACAUCCAAUAAAAAGUUUAACUACAAGCAUUUGGCAGAGUAUCCAUUUGAUUCCAGUGUGAAAAGAAUGUCUGCAGUGUACGAAAAUUCCGAAGACCCAGAAAGUCCUGUUUACGAAGUUUUCACCAAGGGUGCCUUCGAAAGAGUGUUGGACUGCUGCAAUUCCUGGUAUAAAUCUCCUAAUGGUCCUCCACAACCAUUAAGUGAUGAUGAUUUAGAUGAUAUUAUGAAGAACGUUGAUUCACUAUCGAAUGAAGGUUUGAGAGUUUUGGCAUUUGCAAAGAAAAGUUAUGGUAAAGCUGAGUUCGUUGAGAAUAAACAACAGUUGCUCAAGGAGCGUGAUUUUGUCGAAAAGGACUUGGUGUUUUUGGGUUUGAUUGGUAUUUACGAUCCUCCUAGAGAUGAAUCGCAUUCUGCUGUUAAAAGAUGCCAUCAAGCAGGUAUUAAUGUGCAUAUGCUAACAGGAGAUUUCCCCGGUACCGCCAAGGCUAUUGCACAAGAGGUUGGUAUCCUCCCUCACAAUUUGUACCAUUACCCUAAGGAAGUUGUUGAUGUCAUGGUGAUGACAGCAUCAGAUUUCGAUGCUUUGACCGAUGAUGAAAUUGAUCUGCUACCUGUGUUGCCUUUGGUUAUUGCACGUUGUGCUCCACAAACUAAAGUCCGUAUGAUUGAAGCAUUACACCGCAGAAACAAAUUCUGUGCUAUGACAGGUGACGGUGUUAACGACUCUCCAUCCUUGAAAAUCGCUGAUGUUGGUAUUGCCAUGGGUAUCAAUGGUUCUGAUGUUGCAAAAGAUGCAGCUGACAUUGUGUUAAGUGAUGAUAACUUCGCCUCGAUCCUCAAUGCUGUGGAAGAAGGUAGAAGAAUGAGUGAAAACAUUCAGAAGUUUGUAUUACAACUAUUGGCCGAAAAUGUUGCACAAGCUAUCUACUUGAUGGUAGGGUUGUGUUUCAUUGAUCGUGAUGGUGUCUCUGUGUUCCCAUUGGCACCAGUUGAGGUCUUGUGGAUUAUUGUCGUUACCUCCUGUUUCCCAGCCAUGGGUCUAGGUUUGGAAAAGGCGAGCGUUGAUGUCAUGGAGAAGCCUCCAAAGGACGCGAAAGCCGUUGUUUUCACCUGGGAAGUCAUUGUUGAUAUGAUAGUUUACGGUCUAAUCAUGGCCGCUUGCUGCAUGGUUUGUUUCGUUACCGUAUUGCAUGGUACCGGUGACGGUGAGUUGGGUACCAAUUGUAACAGCGACUUCAACUCUACCUGUCACUUGGUUUUCAAGUCACGUGCUGCCGCUUUUGCGACAAUGACGUGGUGUGCGCUAAUCCUUGCAUGGGAAGUGGUUGACAUGAGAAGAUCAUUUUUCAUGAUGAACCCAGAGAGCGAGACGCCUUACACGCAAGUGUUCAAGGACAUCUGGAGCAACCAGUUUUUGUUCUGGUCCGUUAUUUUUGGGUUCGUAUCAGUGUUCCCUGUUGUAUACAUACCUGUGAUCAACAAGAAGGUCUUCUUGCACUACAACAUUUCUUACGAAUGGGGUUUCGCCGUUGGCUACACUGUUCUAUUCUGGAUCUCUUGUGAGGUGUACAAGUACAUCAAGAGACGCUACUACAGAAACAAGGACAGGGUGAACAAUCCUGAGAACGACUUGGAACAAAGAAGAAUGCACGAUCCAUUCGAGCAGUACACAAGUUCAUUCUCGAGAAUGAACACUUUCCACAACGAUGAAAAGACGUUUUAA